AUGCAUUAUAUACAUCAGGGUCAGUGUUGUAAUGCCGGUGAUGGAUACUUCGGCUGGGUAUGUAACACAACAAACGGAUGUUUCUGCAAACAGGGUCAAACGUGUCAGAAGACUCUGUCUCCAAACUGCCCUGGUCACUGUGUGGACAACCCCUGGGGGAUAGGGUGUGUGGAUGAAAAACACAAUCUAGCCUUUAGAAAGCCUACAAGCCAAUCAAGUACUGAAGGCGGCAAUAGCUACCCACCAUCAUUAGCGGUAGACGGAAACAACAGCACUGAUGCCUGUGCAACAACAAACCAAGAAAAUAACUCGUGGUGGCAGGUGGAUCUGGGAGGUCUCUACGUCAUCCGCUCUGUGGCGGUUAUCAGGCCAAACAACUGCCAAACAAUCAGCAUGUACAUUGGUAAUGAUACAACUCAACAAGGGAACAUACAAUUGAUGGCUACUUGUUCUUUCGAGCAAACGGUGGAUCCUCCAGUUCUCGCUCGCUAUGUCAAGUUCUCCAAACCAGGACUGGCGUCUUUGCAGCUGUGCGAAGUCAUUAUUCGAGGGUAUACAUAUCCAUAUAACACUGCUUUUGGAAAGACUGCUAGUCAGUCUAGUUUUAUUCGUCACAAUAAUGUGAAUUGGACAGCCAAAUACGCCAUAGAUGGCAAUACAAACGCAAAUUUUGGUGCUAGGGGUUGCUCCCAUACACAGAAUGAAAACAACCCAUGGUGGAAAGUUGAUCUUAACGCCACGUACUCCAUCUACUCCGUGACAUUAGUGAACAGGGAUGGCAUAAACGGUAGACACUUGAAGAAUAUUGAAAUCAAUGCAGUCUUACCAAACAACACAUUCAACCAUUGUGCCAGUCGAGUGGAACACUUACCACAUGGUGGCACCGUUGAACUGCCCUGUAAUAGCGCGCCUGUAGUGGGACAGUUUGUGAGGAUCAGUCUGACUCACAACUCCCCAGCUCCAUUAACUCUCUGUGAGGUGAUGGUGAAAGGAUACAAAUACCAAGGUAAAUAA